AUGGAUUUCACCAACAUACUAGAAAAGGCCGGCGGCUUUAUCCUAGCCAUUGUUGUUAUUCAAACCAGUCUUCUUGAUGUUUUAGUUGCGAUUUGCUGGGGCUCGACCAAUCCUUUUAUCAAAAAGGGCACAGAUGGCCUUGAACAGGUCUCACAAAGGUACCCAGAAGGAGGUUACCGCAAAUGGUUUGCCGAGCUCUUUUAUCUAUUGACACGCUGGCAGUACAUUCUUCCCUUGGCACUUAAUCUGAGUGGAUCCGUUGUCUACUACUAUACCCUCGGCAAAUCAGGGGAAGAUCUUGGUGGUCGAGUCUCAAAGAUACUGGUGGAUAAGUGGUACCGCGUCGAUCUAUUACUCGUCAACGAACUUGGUCUAUUUCGACGCGCUGACGUUCAACCUAACGGCAAAGUCCACGUACAAUGUCAAUUAUUGAAUACACACAAUUCGCAGCCUGUGGCUAAAGAAGCUUGGUCAAUCGAGACAAGAGCUGUUCAGGGAACGAAGCAGACAGUUGUUGGAUUUGAAGCAUCAGGCAAAGGCGGGUUUGAGUACCGAAUCAUCCAACACCACCACCCCGGCGCCAACAAGAAUAAUGACAGCAGCAUCAAAGACGACAACGAUAAACAAAGCAACGCAUCUUUUUACUUACAUAUUAACAUGGAGCGUGUCGAAUCAUGCGCGUUGUCGCCAAAUAUCUUACCAUUGGUUGUCGGCCCAAUCCACGUGCAUACCGUUGCCACGGCGUCCACGCAGCAACAACAGAGCGAGUGUCCAACCAAUGCACCAAUCGAAUCCUGGCCAGAAGGUACAGAAAUGGAACACGACAUUUAUCGACUGUUUUCAAACACCAUGGUCAAGGAAUACUGGGAUGCGGGCAUUCCGGGCAAAAUCUGGGAUUCAGCUGUGGUUAUGCUUGAGUUUCUCAAAAACAUGUCACUAAAGGACGCAAAACAUGUGGUGGAUCUAAGUGCAGGGACAGGUCUAUUGGGAUUCUAUGUCAACAAGAUGAAAAAGGACAUCAAUGUGACCAUUACCGAAUUGGAAGAAGCGAUGGGGUUGAUCCAAGUGAAUGCAAAGUUGAAUCAUGAUGUUGAUGAUCCGGUAGCGAGAAGAGUCAAUAUACGGCCAUUGUUAUGGGGUAAUAAGGAACAAGCAGAAGCAUGUGGCAAGGCCGAUAUUAUUGUGGCAUCGGAUGUAUUAUACGAGGCCGAGUUCUUCCAAGAUCUGGUUCAAGCACUUGAAGAUUUGUCCGUGCCAUCUACUACGCGAAUCUAUAUUGGCUAUAAGCGACGCGGAUUGGAUACAACAGAAGAAGACCGAUUUUGGAAAACAUGCCAAGACCAUGGAUUCAAGAUUACCCUUUUGCAGCAGCAACAAGAGCAAAACAACAAUAGCAAAGGUGGUGUGGUCAAGGAAGAAAAUGAUCCAGAAGCCAAAUGGGUCCCAGGAUUGGCACAGCGGACGGGUGUCCAAAUAUACCGUCUAACUUUAUCAUAA